AUCACGAUUCGGUCGGUGCCCAAGGCGGACCGCGAGUGAUAUGAGUUCCAAUGACGACAAGGGCAAGCAGAGUGGUUUGUCCAUGGAUAGGGCCGCCUUCCUCCUGCUCAGGGUCAAGAAGGCCUUCAAGAAGAAGAAGAGCUCCAGGAAGGACAAAAGUCCCGUGGCAGCAGCCGCGGCCGCCGCCAUCGCGAGCAGCGCGGGGAUCGCGGCGACGGCCGACGGGGGCGACGCGGGGGCCAAAAGCAAACCGCCCCUGCUGCGGUCGCGGACCCUGCCCGCCAUCAUAGUGCCCGGCAUCAGCAUCCUGCAGGCGCAGAUCGAGGCCCGAUACAACAAAGGAGAGGGCUCGGCGACGCCGCCGCAGCAGAAAUCCAAGUCCAUUUUGAGGCUGCAGCCGCCCAAGAUUUCUUUUACAGACGACGAAAACGUGUCCACCGAGUGGAGCAACAAACCGCGGCUGUCGUCGCCGGAGCCGCGCGUGCCGUCGAGCCUGCGACUGGCGGUGCCGCAGUCGCGCUUCUUCCUGACGGCGCCGUCGUCGGGGGGCGGCGGCGGCGGCGGCGCGGCGCCGCAGCCCACGGCCCUCUACCGCCUGUCGCGCCUCCUCAACCAGCGCGGCAGCACCUCGAGCGCUUCCAGCGACGCCCGCAACAACAACCACCUCUCGGCCGGCGACCACGAAAAGCCGCGCAGACUCAGCUGGGAAAGGCGCGACGUGAGUUUGAUGUCGUGCGGGCGGCUGCAGCGGUCGUCGUCGAUCGACAGCGUGGUGGAGGCGGCGUGGGGCGGCGACUCGUCGCCGUCGGGGCCGCUGUCGCCGUCGGCGUCGCCGUGCAGCAGCCACAGCGGCCCGGCCGCGUGCAGACACCGGGCGCCGUCGCCGCUCAUGAUGGCCCCGCCGCGACUCUUGCUUCUCUCGCCAUCUGUCGGACGAAGAACCAAGUUCGACGCCCUCAACGCUGCAGAGCGGCCGCGCACCGGCAUGGAGUUGCUGGUGGACGGACUGGCCCUUUCCAAGGUGGGCAAGAAGCGCCUCGACAAGCUCAACCGCAUCAACAUCCACCUCCACGCCCUUUACGGCGCCAUUGAGAAUGGCCAAGUGGACAAGGCGAGGACAAUUCUCGAGUCCACGGACAUCGACGUCAACAACAUCAGCAACGACGGUUUGUCGCCGCUGGACGUGGCCGUCCUUUUCAACAGCCGGCCCAUGACCAAAAUGCUGAUGGCCUUCGGCGCCCAGGAAGGAGGACUUUAUGAGACGAGGGAGAGUUUGGGCGAGCACUUGGAAAAGCUGGUGAGGGACGCGGAGGCGCGUCUGCAGGAAAUGGCGACCGCGGCGCCGGCCGCCGAGGCAGGAAACGAGACUCAGGGCGUGGGCGGCGCCUCGGAGAAGCAGCGGGCCCUGUGGGAGCGCAGGGUGCGCGGCCUCAAGAAAAUGCUGCUCGGCUUCGAGCAAUCUCGUCCGCCGGACGAGCCGUCCAUGGUGGCCGUGGACGUCACAGGGACCACCUCGGUCAACGUCAGGUUCCAGGAGCCCGACUUCCAGGACAUCAGCAUUUGCACCAAAUUCAAAUUGCAAUGGAGUACGAGCUCAGAUUUCAGCCUACUGGCGGGCGAGAAAAUCAUCAAGGACGCCAGGGCGGUGGAGGAGCAGGUGACCGACCUUCUUCAGGGUCGCCGCUACUUCUUCAGGGUCUUCUGCGGAAACAUCUUCGGCUACGGGCCUUCCAGGUGCUCGGUGCCCCUCUCGGUCAUUCCGUCCAGCUGGAGGGAUUCGGAGUUGCGGAAGCCGCGCUACACCGGCAGGGUGCACGCCCUGGACGACCUUUUCGUGCAGACCAAGUCGGCGCGUCCUGAGAGCGCUUCCGAACUCAGGGCCAUCGAGAACUCGCCCGGAGAGACGCCGAUUCCGCAGCGGAAGAACCAGAGAAAGUCCAAGACCAUCAAGCAACUGUUCACCGCCGCCUCCAAAUUCCAGAAGAACCUGAAGAGGGGCGUGUACCUGGCCUGCCUGCUGUACUUCGAGGACAGGGUGCUGGUGACCAACGAGGACUUUCUGCCGGUCAUCGAGGUCGACGAGACCUACCCCAGUUGCAUCCACCCUGAUUUCCACUGGCUGAUGAAGGUGGCGUGCACCUGGGACGACGUCAAGUCCCUGAAGCAGGACAUGGAGAAAAGUCUGAGCUCGUCGGCCGUGCACUUCAGGGUCAAGCUGCUGCAGGCCGCUAGUCAAAUGCAGACUGCCCUGAGCAUGCAGGACCUGGGACACCUUCACCCGAAGCCUCUGCGCGAUUCUGACGGCACCUUGGUCCUCUGCACAGUGGCCAACGUCAGGUCGCCCAAGAGCGUUUCGGUGCUGAACGCCAGGUGGCUGUCCCUGAGCAAGAUCCAGAGAAGACUUCCCACCGCCCAGAGCACCCCUGACGAAGCCCCUGCCGCAGGUGACACCCUCAUGGCCUCCAUUCCUGAAAUCAUCCAGUACAACCAGUUGAGCGGCACCAAACUGGGCAGGGGUCUCUACCUGGGCUACCUGAAGCUGAGGAGCUCAGUCGACCUGAUCCAGAUUUUGGUUUCCAACCGGGCGCCCAACGUUUUGCCGCACUGCAAGGUCCGGGACAAUCCACACGUUUGCUCAGAGGAGUGGGAGUGGCUGAGGAGUUUGAGCGCCCGCCAUAAAAAGGACAGGGAGGAUAACGACGAAGACACAGAGGGAAAGACUGAGCUGGACAAUGGGGAGGAAGAGGAGCCUUCGGAGCAGCAGAAGGCGUUUGUGAGGCUCGUGGCCGCCACGUCCAAGCGCCUCCUCAACUACAUGGAGGUGUCCCCUGAGGACGUUCUCAGCCACAGACUUUACGAAGCGGAAGUGAUCGAGGUGUCCUCGGACGUGUCCUUUAUCGUGAUGGUCCCUUCUGCGGAGGCGGUUUGCGCCGUCCCCGGCACCAAGGACAAGGAGGACCCUCUGCUGCGGAGGGAGGACCUGCUGCUGCUGCCGGUGCAGGCCUUCGAGAUGGCCCACCUGAGCACCUACCAAAGAGACCUGAUGAACCGCUACGCGCGCCUCAGCUCCAUCCUCGAGACGGACACCACCCUGGCCCAGCACACUCACCGAGAGGCCUUUUCGACGGCAGAGAUCAACUCGGCCAAGGAGCGGCUGAACAAGUUGCAGGAGCUGCAGACCAGGGUGAACGCCACCUGGAAGGGCGCCAGGUGGAUCAUGGACCUGCUGACCUUUGCCAGGGACAGGAACAACCUGGGUGGGGUGCCCAUGAAGGCGCUGCUGCCCACCAUGCUCAACUCGCCCGGCUCAAACAGGAGCACGCAACACAACUUGCAGCCGCCCUCCCACCCCACCGGCAGCAGAGGCUCUUGGCCCCCACCACCGGUCCUCCUAGCUCCGCGCGGAGGUGAGCACAUGAGCCGCAGCGAGCAGCACCUGCACCACUCGAAGCGCGACGACGGCCUUCUGCGGACGUCGGCCUCGAGUCCGCCGGCGGCCAACGGCGCCCUCUUCCCGCCGCCCAAGUCCACGUCGCCCAGCUCAGGGUCGGUGAGCUCAGGGUCGUCGCCAGGGCGGCUGCCCCCGUCCCGGUCGGACGACCAGCUGCACAAGAGCCGGCGCAAGUCGAGCGUGCCCUCGGCCAUGGCCAAGCUGCGGUCCAGCGGCCACAGCCAGAGCGACUCGACCCUGCCGCAGCAGGCCAGCGGCCGCCGCACCUCCUCGUCCGCCUCGUCCGUCUCCUCGGGCUCGGGCCUCCUCAGCACCCCGCGCUCCUCGCUGGUGCCGCCGCCCGCCCCCGCCGCCGCCUCCGCCGCCUCCCUCCAGUCCUCGUCCGCCGAGGAGGACGCCAAGUCCGAGCACGACCUCGAGUCCGACGCGGAACUUUCGCAGCCCAUCCCAAACGCAGCCAUCCUCCAGGUGUUCACGGCGUACGAGACGGGUCUGGCGAGCGGGACGAGUCUGAAGCUGCACGUGACGGCGCGGACGACGGCGCGCGAGGUCGUCGACCUGGUGGUGCGUCAGCUGAACAUGGCGGUGGUGCUGAAGGGGCGGUCGGGGCCCGUGUACGGCAGCGAGCAGCUCAAGCAGUUCUGCCUGGUGGCGGUGAUCGGGGCGCGCGAACGCUGCCUGCGCGACGACUUCCGCCCCCUCGCCCUGCAGAACCCCUGGCGCAAGGGUCGCCUCUACGUGCGCAUGAAGCACGACGUGCUCGCGGCCAUCGAGCAGAGUUCGCGCCACUCCGCCUACCUCUGACUCGGAAGGAAACCUGCUUUAUUUCCAUCGCCAAAUCAAAAUUUUCAUAUUAAAAGGAAAACCUGUUACUCUAUUCGUGUUAGGAAUAAAAAUAGAUGGCCUAUCUUAUAAAUUGUAAAGCAGCGGCACACUUUUGAAAAGUCUCAAUUCUGAAUCAGUAAUUUCAGUUGAAACGAAUCUCUUUUUAAAAUCUUACUUUGACCAUAUAAAAAUUAAAUUAAAAAUUGUGAAAAACUUGUCCCUGGAGAUUAAUUUUGUAUCGGUUUUUGGCGAAAAAAGUCCAGGAAUCAAGAUUUCUCUUGGUAGUAGAAAAAGUACCUUUGUACAUUGUGGCGUAUUUUUUGUAAUACUUUUUAUAUUUCUUGCAAGAACAUGAAACUAACGCCAGUUGAUAGUAAAUUUAGUAAGCUUUCAAAACUCUCCAAGUUUGCUUGAAUUAAACAAUUUUUGGCGCCUAGGAUUUCAAUUGUUUAAACAGUGAGGUCAAUUUUUGUAAUUUUUUACUGGUUUUUCAGCUCUAGCUCAUCUGGAAAACAUUUCAGAGAAAAUUGAUUCUUGCAAAACCUGUAGAAAAUUUGAUUUUGCGCACAUUUUAUAUUCAACAUUUUCCUCUAAAAUGUUUUCCACGAGAGCUGAGGUUUAAAAAAUAAUUAAAAAAUGACCAAAAAUUGGCCAUUGUUGAAACAAUUGAAAUUUUAGGCACCAAAAUCGUCUAAUUUAAGAAAAAUGGUGAGCGUUUUAAGGCUUAAUAAAUUCCCUAUCGAUUGAUGUUGGUCUCAUGUUUGGGCAAAUUAAUAUAAAAAUUGAAAUACGCCAUUUUUUAAAGACACUUUUUGACCUGCAUAGAUUAUAUAUCUUUGGAAAUCUUAAUCUCAGAAAAUGUGUCUCAAUAGAUCCUGGACUAAAGAAAAACAUCUGUUAUUUUUAAGGAAACUUCACAAGCUCCGCUCAAUUUUGGGAAUUUUUCACCUCAAAUAAGCAAGGAAUCGGAAAGAUCCGUCACGAUCUCCGGGAAUUUUGAUUUUUUUUUAUCAAAUCAGAAUCGUACUUUGCGAAAGUGUGCUUGCCCUUGAAUUACUGCUGAUAAUUAUUCCAACUGCUGUUAACUAGAUGUGUGUGUACAUCUCAAAACACAAUCGAACAAGGUAAUCGUCCUUUGUAAACGCCCACGUUUGCUGUUUUGCCCGCCAAAAGAAUGUGAAUUGAACAAAAAGGGAGCUCGGAAUUGCUCUGCCGCGCGCCUGAGCCAACCUGAAAAAAAACGCGGCCAGAACUUUUGGGACCUCCCUUGCCACUACUUACGAUGUUUCUCAAUGGGCUUGUUGAAGGAAGAUGUGAUUUGGAUUAUCUAGAUUUAAGAGAGUAUAAAUGUUUAUAUAUAUAUAUUGUUGUUCCUACAUGAGACUUGUAAAUAUACAAAUUGAGGAAAAAUCAUCAACGGCUGAAACAAACAAACGACAUCUCAUUAGGGUGUAAGCGCGAGAUUUAGCAAAAGAGAGUUAUUUUUAAGAGGCCCCCAUAUAUGAGCUUAUUUUAGAUCUGCCCUGAGAGAGUUGAUUUCUGAAAGGGAAGCAAACACCAAGUUUACAGAAAAGACACACGUGUACUCAAAAAUUAAUAAUUUAUUUCCCCGACGUUCAAUGUGAUGUUGCAACAAAAAGUGACAAAAGAAGAAGAAAUUGUGUCUGUGUAUCAAUGUUGUUGUUGCAGGAGCUCUCAGAUGAAAUAAAAUAAAUUUGAUUUCGA